AUGUAUGAAAUGCAAAACCAGUGGAAUCCGGCUGAGGUUUACAAUGUGAAAAUGGUGUUGCAAGAUGAAUGGCAUACCAAAACAAAAUACACUGUAUUCAAGAAUCUUAUUCGGAAACAUGGGUUUUAUUCUAUGAAGAAUUUCAUUGUGAAGGGUUGGGGGAAAGGGAUUAGGACCUGUGGUCACAAGUACAAGUUAAACUUUUAUAUCAAGACGUCAGUAUCACGGUUAACAAGUGGGACAUUUUUCUUUAAUCCCUUCCAUUUUGUAUCUUAUGAAGAGGUUCAGGCCAUGCCUGCUGGAAAUGAAAACCAUCUCAUAGACUAUAUUGGCCAUAUUGUAGGUAAAGAGGAUAUAACAAAUAUGGUGACAAAAUCAGGAAGAGAGUGUAAACUUCUAGGGAUCUAUUUGGAGGAUCUGCAGAAGAAUCGAUUGAAGUGUAUCCUGUUUGAUGACUUGGUUAACAAAGUUGAAAAUUUCUUAGAUAAAGCUGAUGGUCAGCCCUUGGAAGGAGAUCUAUGCUCACAAGGGAUCACUUCCAUUCAAAGUCAGCCACCACAAUCUGUGUCCGAUGAAAUCAAUGGGGACUCUAUUAAGUCAGUUGUGGAAAUUAUGAACAUGAGGGAGGAAUCUACAUAUUGGGUGGUUGACACUAUAGUUUCUAUUGAGCAUGGUGUUCGAGAUUGGUGUUAUGCUUCAUGUGGAUUCUGUCCCAGGAAAGUUCAAGUUAAUAAAGAUAGGUAUCGUCUUAAUGCUAUUAUAACUGAUGGAACUGGUGUAUAA